UUCAAAGAAAAAUCAAAACGAGCCGAUGUUGAAACCAUGGAGGGCAAGUGACACUGGGUCAGGUCCCUGAGCAUGUGUAGGAAGAUGCAUCGUCCUACAAUUAUCUCCGACAUUUAUAGAACUGAUGGUGCCAACCAGUAACUAGACCAAUAGAAGCUGGGCUGGGCUCUUUGGCUUUAAAUAGAAUCAAGAAUCAGAACUGAUGAGUGUUAAUCAUAAAUCAGGUUUGAUUCAGCCGAGAGCAGCUACUGAGAAUAAAGGAAGAGUGAGUGAGAGCGAGCAACACAGCCACACACUUCCAUUGGCUGUUUAAACACUGGAUCCCUUGAAACCUCUUUACAGAUCCGAUUCCAAGGGAUUACUCCUCGUGGCGAGUCAGUAAAGUGGAAGAAACCAGUUCCAGAUCACGGACAAAGGAAAGCAGGCUAAGGACUUUCUGUAACCCCUCCACUGUUUACCCAGCAAGCAGGAAGAUGCUAUUGGAUAGAGAGGGGUUCACAGGUCACCGGAGAGCUGAGGGUUACUGAGAGUGCAGCCAAGCCUGUAGGGGUCAGUGAGUGACACCAUCUAGGGAUCAGAGCUGAGAUUCAGCUCCUGCUGUCUCCAAGCUGACUGCAAACAGAGCCCCUCUCUCAGGACACCACUCACAGAUAAAUAGACCGGGAAACGAUGGCUGCCUGGUUACUCAGCUCCAUACUGCUGCUGCUUGGACUGCACACUGCCCUGGGCACCAAACCUGCCUGUAGGAUCCGGAUCACAUCGCCAGGACUCCAACUACUUCGAUCAGAAGCACUGAAGUUUGUUGCUGAAGAGCUGGAAAAUAUCUCCAUAGCGGAUUUUACUGGGAAGGAAGGGCCAUUGCACUACUCCAUCAGUGGAGUGCAAAUCACUGACCUGGAUCUCUCGACUGCCUCUCUGUCCUUCCGCCCUGAUGCGGGUCUACAAUUCGAGGUGAAGAACUCAUCGAUCAGUGUCACCUUCCACAGGGACAUGCUGUACUGGCUGAUUCAGGACAUUGGUCAGAUUAAUGCCUCUGCCGAAGGAGCCAAUAUCUGGACGGUGUUAAAUCUGUCCAAGAGCCAACAUGGGCAGCUGAGGAUCAGCAAGGUCUCCUGCACCGCUUCGAUUGCAAGAAUGCACGCUAAGUUUACUGGAAGUUUCAGGGGAUUUUAUGAAUUAGUCUCCAGUCUUCUAAUGACAGGUUUGCGAUUCCUGAUAAACCAGCAGAUUUGCCCGGCCUUAGAACACUCGGCACUGGUGCUGCUAAACUCUCUGUUGGCGACAGUCCCAGUGCGAAUGUCAGUGGAUCCAUUCGUGGGGAUCGAUUAUUCGUUCCUCAGUGACCCAGAUGUGAAAGCUGAUUGGAUGGACAUGGAAUUCAAGGGAAUGUUCUACCCUGUGGACAGUGAGAAUGAUACACUGGUGAACAAUGCGAUCGUGCCUCUGGUGAAGAGCAGUCAGCGGAUGGUAUACAUCUCUGUGUCUGAGUACUUCUUUGAUUCUGCCAUGUACUCCUAUUAUAAGGCUGGCGUUCUGAAGACCGAGAUUCCCGAGAGCAAGAUGUCUGUCGAUCUUGCUUACUUGCUGAGAACAACAUUCUUUGGAGCAAUCAUCCUGCUGGCCCCAACCUCAUCAGCUAAGGAAGCUCCUCUGCUGUUGGACUUGGAAGUGACAUCAGCUCCUCACUGCACCAUCAAACCAUCAGGGAUCAUUGUCAGUGUUAGCGCCCUCAUGAAUGUCAUUCUCCUUCCACCAAACUCGAAACCAGUCAUGCUCUCCAGCAUAAUCAUGGAAUCAAGACUGAAUGCCAAGGUGUCUCUGAAGGGCAAGAAACUUGGAAUGAAACUGGACCUCAAAAGAUUCAGGAUGCAUUCGUCAAAGUCCACUCUGGAAUCACUGGCACUGAUUCCUCUCCAAACUCCAAUGAAGGCUCUGCUGCACUUUACUGUCAUGCCAAUUAUCAAUGCACGGACGCUGGAAGGAGUGCAGAUCCCUCUCCCAGAAGGAAUUGACCUGAUCAAUGAGACGAUGAGAAACCAUAUGGGCUUUCUGUCGAUUGGAGCGGACUUACAUUUUUACAAAGGCCUGAGGGAGGUUAUUAAUAUGAAUAAGCAGAUACUCUCUUCAAGCAAUACAACUGUCAGUAACUAGGCUCCACAUUUGAGAAGAAUGGAGACCUCCACAGAGGGUGCAAAGACCCUCAGCUCUAUUAUUACUUAAUCAUUACUCUUGUAUUUUAUUAACCUAACACUGGCCUGUAGAUCUGUUCGCUUUGUCUUAACAAGUCUUGGGGGUGAUUUUUCCCUUGCCUUGGACAAGUGUGGAGACAAACAGCUCAAGCCUUUAUUGCACACUGGACAAGAAUCCAAGUGUAAGGUGUUGAUUAUUUAUUAUUAUCUUCUGAUUGGGUUUCAUCUUCAUAAAUCGAUGAGCUGCUCUCACUUAACACUGCAGCACACCUUACAAUGUUAACACCAUCUCCAAACCCCGAACUCACCCUCAGGUACAGUAGACACAGAGUAAAAGGCCACAUUUCAGUUAGGUGACAGUCUAGGGUUCCUACAUCAACAUUUCAUCACGAUGCCAGGAAAAUUACCAUAUUACAAUGGGGCUGGUGAAACAUGUGGCUACAGCUCUCAUCAAGCAUAAAACCAACCUUGUAAGUCUCAGUGUUAAAUAGAUUACAUUAAAAUUCACAUCAAGAGACUCUGUAAGAACACUCACUGUAUAAAUGAUGCAAAAUACGCCCUCUUUGGUAUGCACAUUGUGAUCCUUAGCUGUAUGUUCAAGGUCAUAUUUUAAUACUGAAUAUUACAGACAGCUAGAACUUAGUUGACUAAUUAAAACAAUGACCUCCUAACACAGGUAUAUGUCGAAUUAUUAGACCUGAUUUCUAGUGUGUGGGCCUGAAGGCAUUGCUUCAUUCACAGUCUGUUGUUAAUGGAAACAUAACUUAGUGAACAAUACUUACCAGAAGCUCUGCCUCAAUCAGCCGUGCAUGAAAUCCCUGAGCCAGCUCAGUUUCCCCUACAGAAGGAUAUCUUUCUCUGGAAACUUUCAGGUCGGGGAGAAGAUGGCUUGAUCCUUGAUAGUCAACUCUGUGUUAAAUAUCACUGGUGUGGAUUUUGAUCAUGAAUAGAACCACUGAAGUUCCACAGUGAAUUCUAGUCUCCUGCUAUAACUCCAGGAAUUGGGGAAAACCCACUUCCGUAUAAUUACCAGGCCAUACUGAACAAUGUGCCACACAUACAUAUGCACUUUUCCUUAAUCAAUGAGAAAAGGCAAGAACCAAGCAGAACUUUGUUUGGCCAAUAUGUUUUCCCUUGUUCAUUUUUGGCCUUUUAAUUCAUUUUGAAUUCAUUUCUUUCCUGCAUUUUUCAUUUCUCAACGUGAAGGAUGUCAGGACAACAGAAUCAUUCCCACUUUGGGGACCCACAUCAGCUCCAGCAACUAUGUGUCAUUGUUCCAGUUCCCACAACAACCAUCAUUUGCCAUCACUCUGAGUGAGAUUUCGUGCCAACUGAAGCACCAGAGUCAGGCUUAACCCUACUGAAACCCAUAACAUGUAGAACACACAAACAGCCAACAUAUAGCAGAAACUUUCAUCAAAUUGAGGUCACAAAGAUCAAGGACCAUCUUCAGCCCUUGCUUGACUGGGGGAGUGGUAUGCAGUGAUGUUAAAUGGAUGCGUUGUACAUUCUAUGUAAUGGAUACUUACAGGUAGAAUAUUACAUCAUCUUAAUGAUGCUGGUAAUACCACACCAACAGAUAAUUCUGUAAUGUUUCUGAAUAAGUUAUUCCAAAUACUAGUUGUAUGGAAAGCCAUUCUAAGUGUAUUCGGUAUAGUAGUAAACCAUUUAGUAUUACAGUGUGUGUUAAUUGCACAUGGUGGUGUAACCUACGUGUUUGGAUGCAGACGUUUCGUCACCCUGCUAGGUAACAUUGUCAGUAUGCCCCCGGUAAAGACAGAGGUACACUGAUGAUGUUACCUAGCAGGGUGACAAAACGUCUGCAUUCAAACACACUGGCUCGGCAAGCAAGUCUACAACCUCGUCCACAACCCGAGCUACAAAUCUUCUCAAAAAUGGGGUAACCAACUCCUAUAUAUUCACACACUUGUGUAUUUCUUCCAAUGAACAAUUGUAUCAUUAGCUGUUUAAUAAAGACAGUUGUAUUGUCAGAAA